UGACAUCCGCAAUAAAAUUAAAAGCCAGUUGUGACUGAAACUUGCUCAGUGCUGUGAGUGCGACUCCAGAGCGCACAGAAAGGCUGCAGAUGGCUUUUUUUUUUUUUUUUUUUGUUCUAAUUUUGAUUUUACUUGUCCUUUAGGCCAUGUUUAUCUCUUCUUGGUAAGGUGGUGAAAAAGAAAAUAUCAAGAUGAGUAAAAAGCCUCCAAAUCGUCCUGGAAUCACAUUUGAGAUUGGUGCUCGUUUGGAAGCACUGGACUAUUUGCAGAAAUGGUAUCCAUCUCGUAUUGAGAAGAUAGAUUAUGAAGAGGGGAAGAUGUUGGUCCAUUUUGAGCGCUGGAGUCAUCGCUACGAUGAGUGGAUUUACUGGGACAGCAACAGGUUGCGACCCCUGGAGCGACCAGCAUUAAGGAAAGAGGGCCUGAAAGAUGAUGAAGAAUUUGUUGAUUUUAAACCUGGAGAAGAAGUCCUAGCUCGUUGGACAGACUGUCGAUAUUACCCUGCAAAGAUUGAAGCCAUUAAUAAAGAAGGAACAUUCACAGUACAGUUCUAUGACGGUGUCAUUCGAUGUCUUAAAAGGAUGCAUAUCAAAUCUAUGCCAGAGGAUGCAAAAGGGCAGGCGCGCGAGAGGGAGCAGAUAGCGCCGGAGCUGAGAUUAGUGACGGAAAUCGAACCAAAAGAAGAUUGGAUAGCUUUGGUCAAAGCUGCUGCAGCAGCAGCAGCCAAGAACAAAGCAGGAAGUAAACCCAGAACCAGCGCAAACAGCAAUAAAGAUAAAGAGGACAGAAAGUGGCUAAAAGUCCCUUCAAAAAAGGAAGAAACCUCAACCUCUACAAUCAUGCAGGAUGUCCAAAAAAAAGAAGAGGAGCCUACAUCUAGUGACACAUUUGAAGUAGGAUUUCCUGUAGUGGAUGUUCCAAAGAUGGCCUUUGUGCAGGCAGAGAGCACGUUAUCACACAAGAGGAAAAGUAAUCUAGGCAACUCAUUUCAGGCAAAGAGAGCUCGUCUAAACAAGAUCACUGGUUUAUUGGCAUCCAAAGCUGUUGUUGCGGAUGGUGCUGAAAAAAAGGAAGGCAACAAAGAAACAGCUCCAGUCCUGGAGCAGGAGAUUUCACCUAAACCACAAAGUCAGAAAAAAAAUGAAGCUGAUAUUAGCAGUUCUGCCAACAUUCAGAAACCUGCACUGUUAUCCUCAACUUUGUCUUCAGGAAAGGCUCGCAGCAAGAAAUGCAAACAAGAAUCUGGAGAUUCUUCUGGGUGUAUAAAGCCCCCUAAAUCACCACUUUCCCCAGAAUUAAUACAAGUCGAGGAUUUGACGCUGGUCUCUCAGCUUCCUUCUUCUGUGAUAAAUAAAACUAGUCCAUCACAGCCAGUGAAUUCCCCUAGAUCCUACAAACAUAGCCAGCGGAGAAGAAGAUCACAGCGUUUAGCCACUUGCUCCUUGCCUGAUGAUUCUGUAGAAAAAGUUUCUUCUCCCUCUUCAGUUACUGAUGGAAAAGUGUUCUCCAUCAGUGGUCAAAACCAACAGUCAUCAAAGUUGGAGGUACCUGAUGUUGCUCACAUGUCACUUGAGAAGCGUGGACCAUGUCUCCCUCUUGAUUUAAGCCGUAGUUCAGAAGUUACAGCACCAUUAUCCACAGAAUCCACUUUCCGUAAUGAAUAUCCCAGUAAAGACAAGGAAGAUAUUCAGAUGGUUACAUAUCUUUCUUCUAAAGCAGUAACUGAUGGAAGAGUAGCUACAGCAGCGUCAGGUGCAGCGAAAGUGGAAAGAAAAGGAAAACUGGAAGAGAAAAGUUCUUCAGCAUAUGGUAAAAAGAAAGAAAAAGAAAAGGAGAAAAAAGAGAAAAAGGAAAAAGAUCAUAAACCAAAACAGAAAAAGAAGAAGAAAAAAAAGAAGAAAUCUAAGCAGCAUGAUUAUUCAGAUUAUGAAGACAGUUCUGUUGAAUUCUUGGACAGGUGCUCCUCUCCCUUAACCCGGUCCUCGGGCAGCUCCCUGACUUUGCGCAGCAUGUUCUCCGAGAAGAACACAACCUACCAGUAUCCAAGAGCUAUUUUGUCUGUUGACCUUAGUGGAGAAAACCUUUCAGAUGUGGAGUUCUUGGAUGAUUCUUCUACAGAGAGUUUGUUACUUAGUGGUGAUGAAUACAAUCAGGAUUUUGAUUCAACUAACUUUGAAGAGUCUCAGGAUGAAGAUGAUGCCCUCAAUGAAAUCGUUAGGUGCAUUUGUGAACUGGAUGAAGAAAAUGGCUUUAUGAUUCAGUGUGAAGAAUGCUUGUGUUGGCAGCACAGUGUAUGCAUGGGACUGUUGGAGGACAGCAUUCCAGAUCAGUACAUCUGUUACAUCUGCAGAGAUCCACCAGGGCAGAGGUGGAGUGCCAAAUAUCUUUAUGACAAAGACUGGCUAAACAAUGGACACAUGUGUGGAUUAUCAUUUUUGAAAGAAAACUACUCUCAUCUUAAUGCCAAAAAGAUCGUGUCAACACAUCACCUACUGGCAGAUGUUUAUGGUGUCACUGAAAUACUCCAUGGGUUGCAGUUGAAGAUCGGGAUAUUGAAAAAUAAACACCACCCAGACCUUCAUCUCUGGGCUUAUUCAGGGAUGCGAAAAGAACAAGAACAAAGAACUGUUGGGGUAGAGAAAAAAUUAGUAACUUUACAGGAUGCUGUUAAUCCAUCUGAAAGGACGUGUCAUAGUCAAAACCAUAAAGAGCCACCCAGUAUACCCCUGAAGAUGGAAGAAACAUACAUCACAAGUGAGCACAGUUACCAAAAACCACAGAGUUUUAGUCAAGACUACAAAGCAGUCACUGACCCCAUGAGCUCAGAUGAUGAAGACACAAGUAGUUUUGAGGAAGAUCAGGAAUUUCACACAGAGAAUAAAAACUGUUUACAAUAUUCUUUUAAAGAUGGUGGCAUGAGUGAGCAGAAGAAUUCUGCUGAAGGAAACACUGUGUUUGUUUGUAAUGAAAGAAAAGGCUCAGAAGAACAAGUGGACACACAUCUUCAAUGGCAGCUAAAUCUCCUUACCCACAUAGAGAAUGUACAGAACGAAGUCACCAGCAGAAUGGACCUGAUUGAGAAAGAAGUUGAUGUUUUAGAAAGCUGGCUUGAUUUCACUGGAGAACUGGAACCACCAGAUCCUCUGGCAAGAUUGCCUCAGCUCAAGCGUCGUAUCAAACAGCUCUUAAUUGACAUGGGGAAAGUACAGCAAAUAGCAACGCUUUGCUCUGUAUGACGAAAGGAAGAAUAAAGAAAUAAAAAUAGGUUCUUUACAGUGAAUUUUCUUACUAGCCACAAGACUGACAGGAAGACAGCGAAAAGCUGAGCAUUUAUCUGGUUCUUUGCUGAUUACGUUAAUAGUCUGAAGCUUUAGAAAGAGGAGAGGAAGUUUAGAGUCAGGGAUCUGUUAUAUUGAAAGUAUGAAUGUUCAAUGUCCAGGCUUCAAAAUGGUAUAUGAUAUACUGAGAAAUGUCAAUGUCUCAGGAUUUCAACAUGUUAAACAAGUAAAUCCCCACAUACAAGAAAGUUGAACGAAGAAGAACUCUACAAAGAGCAAUGUUACUAUUUUUAAACCUUUGGCAAACAUUUCUAAAUUAGCAGAAUUCAGCUGACUAAAAAUUCAAUCCUCUUAUCUUACUAGUGAAAGAUAGACACAGAGAGAUCUGUAUUCUCUCUACAAGGAAAGUUUUUAGAUUAUUUUCUUCUCUCGUGCGUUUCAGGAAGAUAAACAUACUAGCUUUGAUUUUUGAAAGAAAUUACUUAUCAUGGUUUCCUUUUGAAAAUAUUUUUUUACAUAGAAAUCCCUAGAACAGCACCCCUAGGCUCCUUUAAAACAUAAGUGGCAAAUACUGGUCAGAUGUGCCAAAUAAUAUUAAAACCACUGGGAUGAGAGUUUGAUUAUGACUUACGUGAAGGUUUUUUUCCAAAGUCCUACUCAGUGCCAGCAAUCCAUCCAAAAUUGUACCUAGUUUAUAUUUUUUUAUGUUCUACUGCAGUAUUCAGGAGUCAAGGUACAGAUUUUAUCCUGGCUAGCUCUAUUCUCGUAUUGACCCUCUGAAAACUUCACCGUCCUCAGCUGGGAUGAGGAAUGACAAGAGCAACAAAACUGUCUGUGGCUGUGAAAGUUCUAAACCACUAGAGAAAAAAAUAUCACAAGUUACCUUAUCCAAGAUGUUUUUUGUUUUUUUUUUUUUUAUAAAAUCUUUCAGCUUCAGUGAACGAAACGUCAUGAAACCAAAGGCAGCCUAAUUGCUCUGUUAGCUCUUGCUGGAUUUUGAGCCCAGGACCUUUCCUGUGGUUACAAGUUGCCGCUGUACCCAGUGCUACUUACACGUCUGUGUGUGUUACGUGUGUACAGACACACAUGUACAUCUAUACAUACUAUAGACAUUUCUAUCUACACAUGUCUAGUUUUAUUACAAUAGACUAUAAGAACUGGUGGUUCAUGUUACCUUUUAACAAGCAGUUUCUAAAAUUGAAAAUAAUGUAUGUACAGGUUUUGAAAUUUGUAAAAUAUGACUGUUAAGAGGAGGCUAUUUAACUGAGGACAUUAAGAUACUUGAACAUUUUAUGCCUCACGUCUGUUUAUCAGUUCUAGUUAUCUGUAUAAAUGCAUUUUAGAACCGAUAGACAGUAAACUUGAAUUUACCUUUUGAUAAGAGUACAAGCCACUGUACAUUCAAAAAUUAUUUAAAUUUGCAAACACACUGUUCUAUAUGUAAGGUACUGUAUGUAAAACUGUUUAUUAAAACUAUUCUGCAUACUCUACAUUUUCCACUUUUCUUCCUGAUCUACAUCCAAGUGUAAAAAAGAAGUGAUUGUUACUAUGUACAGACCAUAAAAAAAUCUUGGAAUGCCUUUUAAGGAUACAUACAAUUGAAAAAUGUGCCAAAGAUGGAUUAUCUGGGAAAGACUUUGCAACCAGUGCAUUGAACUUUCAUGGUAAGACCAUUAUUGAGAAAGAAAGCAGCGUGACUGGUUCAUUGCUAAAAUAAACCUACCCUGACCUUUCCUGUUUGUCUGUCAUAUCUGAAGUGAGUUAUCACUCCUGAUGGCCAAAGCAAAAUGUAAAUCCCUGUUACAGAAUGGUUGCUAUUUAAAAAGUCUUCCCACAUCAAGCUUGUAGGAGACAUCACAGUGCUGCGUGGUAACAUGGAAGUACAGAAUGGUUGGCAACUCCAUAUUGCAGAAAGCACAUGAGCUGAGGAGUUGUUGAUGUUUCAUAGCAACUGUUAAUAAAUAAAAUACUCUGUGUUAUAUAGUCGAUGCUUAAAUAACUGCUUCAAACAAUAUGGAUAGUUGAGUGACCUACUUGCUUUUGGAUAUGUGAGACUUUUUAUAUGCUAUUCACUUGCUGCAUAUCCUUGUAUGUGGUACUGUGUGUACUGUAUAAGAGAAGUGUAAAUCCAGAUGAGUUACUUUGAAACAAAGUGGAGUGUAUUUACAGAAUUUAUACAGCAUACACUGUAGCAAUAUUAUGCAAUGUGUGUGCAUGCAUGUGAUGUAAUAUAAUUGUAAAUGUUACUGAAGGUGGAGGUGGACUUAGAGAUUUCAGUGGGGAGGACGAAGUUUUAGUGCAGAGACGGAGGAAUAGUAUCCUGAAAAGGAAAUACUAAGGUCAGAGUUGAAGUUGCCCUUGCAGCUUUAAUGUGUCUUGUGUUUGUAUGUGUAAUGGCCUCUUAAUUUACAUGAAUAUGUAAUCUUAUCCCUCAAGAUCUUGCCUUGUUCAGGAUGGACUGUGCUUACAAAAACAAUCCGUUCAGUA